AGUGAGCGCUUCCUCUUCAUGACAGUUGAAUGAAACAUAGAGACGGGAGCAAACCUUUUCUGAAGACACAAAGAAAGAUACAGACUGCUUCUUCAAGAUGAUGAAGGAGAACAUCAAUGACAACUCUGAAAAUGAGUCAGAGACUCACAAGUGUGGCCGGUCCUGCCUUGGUCCUCUCACCUUCCACAGCCAGACGGUCGGCAACAAGGUCCGUCUGAGCCAUGGCUACUGCGUGGCAGAGAGGACCAGGGACACAUUUAAGGACGGCCUGGUGUUUAGCAGCCGCACAAUAAAGCCCAUGGAGAAGAUCCGCCUGCGCAUUGAGAAGGACAUUUUAAACUGGCAUGGGGGUAUGCGUGUUGGCUUCACCAAUGUCCCGCCCUCAUCCAGGUCUCUGCCUCUGCCCACCAUGGCCAUCCCAAACCUCACCGAUACCCCUGGGCACUGGGCCGCUCCUGUGCACGAAUCUUUCUGCAAUCAGGGCUCGGAAGUAGAGUUCUGGUUCACCACUGGAGGCUCCAUGUACGUCACAGGACAGAACAACAGCAAACAGAAGCUGAUAAAUGGAGUGGAUCUCUGCCUGCCGCUGUGGGCCAUGAUCGACAUCUAUGGAAACACCUGCUCCCUCUCUCUCCUGGGCUCAAAGAAAGUGACCUGGUCUAUGACAAGAACCUCCUGUCCUGCUACUGAACUCCCCACCUCAUCGGUUAGCAAGAAACACUACAAGAUAAACACUGACAUCAUUGGCCAUAAUGUAAACAACGAUGAAACCAUCUCUUUUCUGGAAGACCAAGAAGAUGACUGUGUGGUGUGCCUGGGAAAACGAGCCAGAGUAACUCUGCCUUGUGGUCACCGGUGUCUGUGUAUCCACUGCUCCCCCAGGUACCUCCAACAGUUUGGCAACUGCCCGCUUUGCAGACACGACCUCAGAGCUCCAUCAGAGGAGAAGAGACGUUGGCACGAUGCAGGCACACAGAUUCACCAGAGCACAAGCUAUACAGAGUGAUAAUGACAAGAAAACACGAUGAGAGGAAACUCACUGUGAAUGUGAAACUUUACUGAAAAUGUUUGUUACACUCACAGCACAAUGACAUGUAGAUAAUCUUUUUCCUGUAACUUAUCAGUAUAUUUUACCCUUGUAUAAUAUUGUAUAUAUUAAAUCAAUCUGUAUAUUUGUUAAGUUAUGUUUUACUGUUUGAAGAUAUAUUUUAUAUUUUUCCUAUGAAUAUUUAAAAAAAAUAAAUUUGAUAUUUCACAUGCUC